GUUGGAACCAACAGACCAAGGCAUCCCGACCCGUUUGACAAAAGGCAUUGGUUAUGUUUCAUUUUCUCCUUGAAUGAAAGUCGACUUGCCUCUGCUCAACUCGGCAAGUACUUAUAAAGUGAAGCUCGCCCUGGAUCUCAUCUCUCUGAACUACAGAGACCGAACGCUUCGUUGGUCUACCAGGAGCGAUGUCGUCAUGUACAGGGUUCUCGACCCCACAGGGAAGCGAAACACUCCACAAAGGCGAUAACUUUACCAUCUCAUAGUCAGGUGGUUUUGUACCUGAUGUACCGAAUGUGAGCGAUGUGUGCACCUUUCGCCUCCAAAUCAACAUCCCACGAGCUCAGAGAGUAGAAACAAUUCUCAGUAAGUUCGGUAACAUGAGGAGUGAGUUAUGUAAUGACGGCUUAUUAUACUCAAGAUUCCCACAACUUUACCUAUGAGACUCAGGCCUGGUAUCCGAUUGCAGGCUGCUCCGGUGGUGCCUAUACCCAGAUGUCGUAUGACUGGACGAUUCCGCAAGACCUUAACCUUACAAAUUCCGAAUUUACGCAAUGUUCGAUAACAUUUACCAACCUGACGUACGACGAGUAUAGUAAUCAAGCUCAAUCGUUCGACAGCAACCUGUUCUACAUCAAAGCGGCAACAGCUACGACCUCGAGCGCUGGGCCCACUACCACGAUAAGCACAACAACUCCCACGCCAAGCCCUGAGCCCUCUCUUUCGACCGGUGCAAAAGCUGGCAUUGGUGUUGGUGUUGCUUGCGUGGUAUUAUGUUGUGUUCUGGGUGCAUGGUUUUCCAUAAAGAGAAGGAGGAGGAAGACAACUGUUGGUUCCGAGAGGCCAGUUGAAGAACAAAUCUCUGGUUACGUAAAGGCAGAAAUGGACGCCAAUGAAACUCGGCAACGGGCGGAGUUGGAUGCAGGGGAAAGCGGGACGCAUGUGGCCCAAAAAUGUGACACGCUGCACAAGGCAUCGGAAAGAGAACCAGUGGAGCUAAUGGGAUGAACGAGGUGCAUAUUAAUGUUUUCACAACGGUCGAGCUAGGUGCUAGCCUGAGAUCUCGCGUCCUAUCAAUCCAGUUUGGAUGUUUGAUGGUCUGAUUGUGAGUCCGGCUAUUUUGACUAUAUGCCACCGUCAGUAGCCGGUAGACGCUUAAAUAACUGGCUAUUUAUACGGUUAUAUUAUCUUAUAAUCGUAGACAUCCGGUAAUAGCUAAUUUACAGGCGCUACUUUUGUACAGGCGCCGCCGUCUAGUUCUUUCAUUAUCU